AUGGCAUACUAUUCGCCAGCCAGUAACAAAUCAUUUCCGCCCCAAAAUUUGGCAGCAUCUUCGUCCUCAAUUAGUGCGAGUAAUUCACCUGGUCGGCAGAGAUUGCCGGUUGUGGUUAAGGAGAAAUCGCCGCAGAAAAAAACGCCGACCAGGAGUAGAGGACAAGCUCAACGCAGGGUUGCAGCACUAUCUCCAGGCGAUGCUUCAAGUUCAGAAGCUUUGGCGAGCACAAUUGCUUCGGUAGCAUCUGGUGGGGGUAGUCUCGAAGAAUUUGAAAAAUUCUCUGCCGCAACAUCAUUAGGAUCCUCAUCAAAUUCUUCUCCCUCUUCACUCUACACUAAUUCAUUAAAUGUUCAUCCCGGUCCUUCAACUUUUUCUGAACAACUGUCAGCAUCACAAAACAUAAUACAGCCUCCGUCUUCAUCCAAACGUCGGAAGAAUUGUAGUAGCUCUUCUGCUUUAAACUCAACUCAGAGCAAUCAAAAGAUAAAUCAGUUGUUAUUGUCAGGGUUUUCAGAUUCACCUAAUGCGUCAUUGGGAACACUGGUGGAGAGAAAUAAAAGGAUGGGUUCUCUUUCGGCCUCACAAUAUCAGCACAUUCAAGAGGUACAACAACAGCAAUGUAGAAUUCAUGUUCAAAAUCCUCCCCAAACUCAUGGAGACUUCCCUGUGACCGGAACUAAAAUACAGGUUGUUCAUAUGCAACCAAGUCCUGCCGCUGCUGCUUCUUUAUUAACUGGAGCUUGUGAAUCGCCUCAACAGCCACAAUGUUCUCAUCAACAGCAGCAUUAUUUAGGUAUUGGCUCUAUGUUACCUCCACCUCGGUCUCAACAAAACGAAUUGAUGAUUUCUAAUCACUAUCAACCUAAUCAACAUCCACCUCAUCAUCAUUCAUUGCCUUCUACUCCGUUUUCGUCAACAGGAUUGGAUUUUUGUGGUAGCAAUGUUGGUGGAUCUGGUGGAGUACUUUCUGCUGAAAUGAUGCUGUCAUCUUCUGCCGCUGCUACACCGUCUCCAGCAGGCACAAUAGCUUCUUCGCCGGCCGCUUCAGUAAUGCCUCCAGCUUCUGGUGGUUGUAUUGGAGGACCAUCGUCAGUUCAUGGCAUUCAAAAAAUUCAACAAAAACAUAGAACAUCUUUUCAGCAUCAAAAACCAAUUCUUGAUAAUGGUGGUGGACCUAUGAGUGUUGGUUGCAAUAGUAGCUAUUCUUAUCCACCUCCUUCACCUCAUUGGGUGUCACAACAACAGUCAUAUUCAUCUGCCAUGUCUGCACAAGCUAGCCCACAACCGCCACAAAGUAUUCUACAAAGAAAAAUAGAAGACAGCGGUGGUGGUGUUGGAAGUAGCUAUGUUCCCCCAUCGAUGCCAGCUGCUUCACCUUACAGUCAACAACAGCAAAUGCGUCAAAAUCAUCUUCAACAAUACUCACCAAUGAGUGUUCCAAUACAUUCUGGUGAAGCUUCUGCUGUUCCAUCUCCACAAAUGUCGCAUCGUUUUCAUCAAAAUACUCCGCAACAACACCUUCAAUCUUCACCGCCGCAAAUUUUGGGUGGAGGCCCUCACCUACAACAUCAAACACAAAGUGCAGGUCUUCAGCCACAACCUCUUGUAGGAGGCCAAAAUCUUAACCAGCAAGCAUUAUUUGCUACCCAACAAACGUCAUUGCCAGGACAGCAACAACUUCAACCUAUUUACCAUAAAAAGCUACAAGGCAGAAUUCAAUAUCAUAAUCAAACUCACCAACAACCACAACAACUACCUCUACAUUACCUCCAAACUCCACCCCACCAACAAUUACUCUCUCAACAACAAAAUUAUCAUCAUACAUCACCUAUAGAACGGCCUACGGCCCCUCUUCCUACUCAACAAAAUAUGCACCCACCUCCUUCACCGAUGUUCUCUUCCAUGAAACAACAACAGCAUAAUGCGAACAUUGGUAAUCAUCAUGUUUCAAAUAUCCCUCAGAAUCAAAGCAUUUAUUUGUCUCAACAUCAACAACCUCCACAAACUUAUUUAAAGCAGCAACAACAAAUUAUUCAGAAUCAAGCGUUUCAACAACAGCCUCUUGUUCUAUCACCUCCUCCUCCACCUUAUAUGGCUAAUGCAUAUCCAUCGCAACAACCGCCUCCACAACCAAUGAGAAUGUUUCCAGCAGCUGCUUCAACACCAUUUGUUUGUCCUCUAACUCCAACAGGUCAAAUGAAUAUUGCUGGAUGUUCUCCAUCAACGCAGAUGUUGCCACCGAUGCCACAACCAGCUCGGGCACAACUCAGUCGUGCACAUUUAUUAACGCGACAUUCACGAGAGUUGAAAUGCCACAAAUAUGCUAUUAAGCUCUACCAUCUUCAAAGGACAACAAAAGCACUUGUUUAUAAAAAUGGUGCUUUGGCUGACGAACUUACUCGAUUACAACAGCAAAUUCAGACAGUCACCGAGGAAAGAAGGGUCCUAGCUAAACGUCUACAGCACCAUGAACGGAAUCGUAUUCGUAGGCUACAAACACAUUUUAAAAAAGCAGCUGCAGCAGCCUCGGCGGCUGCUGAGGCGGCAGAAAAGAAAAAUGACGAGGAGACAGGUGGAACAACAACAUCAACAACAAAUUGUAAAAAAUUAGUAAUUUGUACUUUAUUAAAUAGUAGUAAACAAAAAAAGCACUCUGCACAAUUAAAUUGUAAAGAAUCGCACACAGACAAAGUCAGCUUAUGA